AGGUACUAACGUUUGAAGAUUCACGUUGCUAUUUGAAAAGCCCAGAAACAGCUUUCAACGACUUCUUAGAUGGUUAGAUUCACCAGCUAACAGCCAGCGAAUGUGAUUUCCGUCUUGAUUGCUGAGGCUUGGAUCCAUGAGAGUCUGUAGCUAUACUUCUCGCAUGUCAGAGUGCGAGCGGUUGCCAUGGCAUCUCCAGGGGGACCAGGGAGCGGGGCCGUGGCCGCGCGAGCCGGUGCGGGUAGCAGGAGGAUGAAGUGGGCUCUGGAGCUGAGCGUGGGGAACAGCAGGGGUCGAGGGGACAGACAGAGCAGUCAGGGGGACACUCUGUACCCCGUGGGAUAUGCAGACAAGCCUGUCCCAGACACCAGCGUCCAGGAGACGGACAGGAACCUGGUGGAGAAGAGGUGCUGGGAUGUAGCGCUGGGCCCACUGAAGCAGAUCCCCAUGAAUCUGUUCAUCAUGUACAUGUCUGGGAACACCAUCUCCAUCUUCCCCAUCAUGAUGGUGUGUAUGAUGGCCUGGAGGCCCAUCCAGGCCCUGAUGUCCAUGUCUGCCACGUUUAAGCUGUUGGAGAGCUCCAGUCAGCAGUGGCUUCAGGGGCUGGUCUAUCUCAUCGGCAAUCUUCUGGGCUCAGCAUUGGCCGUCUACAAGUGCCAAUCAAUGGGGUUGCUACCCACACACUCUUCUGAUUGGCUGGCCUUCAUUGAGCCCCCUCAGAGAACAGAGAUCAUGGGCGGGGGAAUGGUUUUAUGAAGACCAGGAAUCCAGAAUAUAACCAGAUGUGCACGCACACACAAGCACUCACACACACCCACAUAGUCAUACACUUUAAUUUAAUUGAAUUUGCUUUCAUAAAGAUAUGAAAACAAACUUCCUGCUGCACACAGAAACUGCUGUAAGUUGCUAUAUAUUGCUAAGCAGCCUCAGGUCGCUCUGUUUCCCGUCCCUGACUCAGUGAGGCUGCUGAAUCUGUGUAAAUGCUUCUCUUUGUAAUAAAGAUCUUUAUGCUGUAACACUUCCCGCUUUCAG